UUGUUACUUUGUUAUUGUUGUUUGUUUACAUCAUCGGCAUUGCACAUUGGUCACAUCGCCGUCAAGAAACAACUCUUUUCUAUUUAAAAAUUAAAAAUAAUAAUGCGGAAAAGUAAUUUCAGAUGCUGGGUACCUCAUUGCUCUAAUUCCAGAAAGCGUACCAGGUCAUCUACUGCACAUUAUCACGCCUUUCCCGUGAAACACCCAGAACGGUGUCGUCAGUGGCUGCAAGUAGUUGGAUAUGAGGAUUUAAUUUACCUACCAAUGCAUUCACUAAAGAUGCGUUAUGUGUGCUCAGAGCAUUUUGUAGAAUCAGACUAUAGCAAAACUUCCUAUAAUGCUAGUCUUUUGCCCUGUGUAAUUCCAUCAAAAUUCCCUUCUGGGACAGUUCCCCUUUCAGAUGAAAUCAUGAAAGAGUGGCCACCUAAAUUGGCUUCAGAUAAAAUCAUUAUUCCAUCAACACUCAACUUUCCAGCAUCUAACGCAUGCACUUCAAAUCAGCCUGAUAAACUCCUGACAUCAGUUGUAUCUGCAGGAAUACUGAGGCCUUCUGACUCUUUAGAGAUUAGAGUACCAUCUUUCCUUGAAAAUGAAUCAAAUAUAGAAAUUAGAGAGCAACUUCCAAAGCCCGUAAAACGGCUGGAAAUUAAAGCAUCCCCAAUACCUCAAUGUGAUUUUAAUGUUCCGGCUGAGCUGGUCAACCAUCAAGAGGAUAAUCCUCUUCCAGAAGAUCAGCUAAUGCAGCGAUUACAACAAAAUACAGGACAGGGGUUGAUGGAUGGGGAUAUGUUACUUGGAUUCAUUGUAAAGCGAGGUUCCACAUUAGAAGUUGUACCUGUUGGCCCAGGUCAUUCGAUGAUGGUAGCAUCAUGUCUUGAAGAGUUGCUAUCACCUGGUUGUGUUGCAUCUUCGAGUGAUGUCAGUUGACCCUUAGUUCAUUAAGAUAAAUCAUAUUUUGAUCAAAAAUCAGUUAUACUAGGUAUUGUGGAAACUUAACUUCUGUGAUAAAAGUAUUAUAUUAUUUUAAUUUUCAUCUUGCAUUGCUAGAAAUUCACUUGUGUCAAAAAAAUAAAUUAUAGGAACAAUUACAAUAAGAUCUGAUUUUGUUAGGCAGUAAAAACAGUUGAUCUCUAGAAAACAUAAUUCAAUAUUUUGUGUUCAAUUUAAAAGAGAAGGGAAUAUGUUCUAUCAUAAGAAAACAGUCAAAUAAUCUACAGUUAUGUAUUUACAGAAAUAUAUAAUGAAAAGAGCA